CCCGCCCCCCCCGCGGAGGAGGAGCGGGCCCGGGGGCUGCCGGUUGCCGGGGCGACGGGGCAUCCUCUCUGCGGCGGAGCGGGAGCGGGGGCGGGGGGACACGCGUGGGGGGCGGCGUUACGCGCCCGCCGAGGAAUCCUCGGGCAGCCGGGGCUUCCCCCGACGUCACGGCCCGCGCAGGGCGGGGAGCCCCGCGGCGGGGGAUCGCGGGGACCCCCCAGCCCCGCAGCCGGCCGCGGCCCCCGCUCCCCACCGCCGCGCCGGCCCGCACGGGGCCCCGCAGCUCGCCGCGCCCGGCCCGGCCGCACCAGCAAGGUCCAUGCCGGCUCGUGGGCUCUGAACCAUGCUGGCUCCGUGGGCACCGUCAGCGAGCCCAACCCCUUCACCGAGAUAGCCAUGAACAGCUGCAAGUACAAUGGAGGCGUCGUCCGGCCCCUGGGCAGCCUGAGCGCCUCCCCCCGCCACCUCCCCGAGCUGGAGGCUGAGACCCAGCCCUUGCAGACCCUGCACAGCGCCGGCCUGGAGGCCGUGGUCUCCAAGCCGGAGCAGGCCAAGGUGUCGGACACGAGCGUGGACGCCGGGGAGGAGGACGAGGACGACGAGGAGGCGGCGGAAGCGGAGCGGACCCGGCGGCAGCGCAAGAACCAGAACGUCGGGUACCGGCUGGGCCACCGGCGAGCCCUGUUCGAGAAGCGCAAGCGCCUCAGCGACUACGCCCUCAUUUUCGGGAUGUUCGGCAUCGUCGUCAUGGUGACCGAGACGGAGCUCUCCUGGGGCGUCUACACCAAGGAGUCGUCAUACUCAUUUGCACUGAAAUGCCUUAUCAGCCUGUCGACCAUCAUCCUGCUGGGCCUCAUCAUCAUGUACCACGCCAGGGAAAUCCAGCUCUUCAUGGUGGACAACGGGGCGGACGACUGGAGAAUAGCCAUGACCUACGAGCGGAUCUUCUUCAUCACGCUGGAGCUGCUGGUGUGCGCCAUCCACCCCGUGCCGGGCCAGUACAUCUUCACGUGGACGGCACGCCUGGCCUUCACCUACACCACCUCGGUGGCGGACGCCGACGUGGACAUCAUCCUGUCCAUCCCCAUGUUCCUGCGGCUCUACCUGAUCGGGCGCGUCAUGCUGCUGCACAGCAAGCUCUUCACCGACGCCUCGUCCCGCAGCAUUGGGGCCCUCAACAAGAUCAACUUCAACACCCGCUUUGUUAUGAAGACCCUCAUGACCAUCUGCCCCGGCACUGUCCUCCUGGUCUUCAGCAUCUCCUCCUGGAUCAUCGCCGCCUGGACCGUCCGCGUCUGCGAGAGGUACCACGACAAGCAGGAGGUGACCAGCAAUUUCCUGGGAGCCAUGUGGCUGAUCUCCAUCACGUUCCUCUCCAUCGGCUACGGUGACAUGGUCCCCCACACCUACUGCGGGAAGGGCGUCUGCCUGCUCACUGGCAUCAUGGGCGCCGGGUGCACGGCGCUGGUGGUCGCUGUGGUCGCCCGGAAGCUGGAACUCACCAAAGCUGAAAAACACGUGCACAACUUCAUGAUGGACACGCAGUUAACGAAGCGGGUGAAAAACGCUGCUGCUAACGUACUCAGGGAAACGUGGCUCAUCUACAAACACACCAAGCUGGUGAAGAAGAUCGACCAUGCCAAAGUUCGGAAACACCAGCGUAAGUUCCUCCAAGCCAUCCAUCAAUUAAGGAGUGUGAAGAUGGAGCAGCGGAAGCUGAACGACCAGGCGAACACGCUGGUGGACUUGGCCAAGACCCAGAACGUCAUGUAUGACCUGGUGUCCGAGCUCCAGGAGCGCAACGAGGACCUGGAGAAGCGCAUCAGCACCCUGGAGGGCAAGAUCGAUGCCCUGGGCCUCAGUAUUCACGCCCUGCCGGGCCUCAUCACCCAAGCCAUAACCCAGCAGCAGCAGCAGCAGCGACGGGGCCAGGGCCCAGGCACGGGCACCGCUGCCCGCUUCUGCCCCGGCUCCAACAGCUCGGAGCGCUCCUCAUGGACCCCCACGCGCCGGAGGAAGUCGCCGUCCACCGCGCCCCACACCUCCUCGGACAGCGGGUGACGGGCGGGCGGGCGGGCGCAGCGCCCACCUAUGUCUGGCCAUUGUGUGGCUGAUCCUGGUAGCUUUGUUCUGUAAAGCCCUGUAUAGUCAAACUCCUCGAGUCGGCCAUGCUGGAGCGACGCCGCGGCCACCGCCUGGUGCUGCCCCGCAGCCGGGACCCCCCCGGCUCCAGCCCCGGCCCCCCCCUUCUCUUGGGGUGAAGGGCUGGGUUGGGGGGAGGGAGCCGACUGCAGCCAGAGCUGCCGUGGCUCUGGAAGGCGUUGGUGGGACAAGCGGCAGCGGGGCUCAGUGGUUAGGGCAGCGUCUGGACUCCGGGGCGGGGGUUUAGUGGUGAGAGCCAGGGGGGCUGGGAGCCCGGACUCCCGGGUUCUGUGCCCAGAUACAGGAAGGGGACGGUUCCCCGGUGGUGAGAGCCAGGCAGGGCCUGGGAGUCCCGACGUAGGGGCCGUAUCCCUGGCUCUGCUGCUAAGUGACCUUGGCUACGUCACUUCACCUCUCUGUGCCUCAGUUUUCCCCAUCUGUACAAUGGGGGCAACGAUGCUGACCGCCAUCUAAUGCUGUGAGAUUCUCGGAUGCAAUAUUACACCCCUGCGGACUGCAGGCGGGGUGGGCUGAUGGGGUCCGGCCCAGGUAGCAGCUCCUGGCCGCCUGGCAUUUGGGAACCAGGCUGACUCGUGGUCCAGCUGGGCCCUACUGUGGGGGUGAGGGGGUCCCCUGCAUUCCUGGGGGAGCAGGGGCCAGGGGAUGGGAGCUGGGGUGCAGAGAGGAGCGUCACCCAGACUCACGUGGGGGUCUGGGAGUGGGGCAAGGGCUGCGCUCCCGGCCUUGCGUUCCCCCUGGUCCCAGGCUGAAGGAAGCAAAUUGCUCCCCUUGGACCGUCUGCCCUGCAGCGGGUCCCCUGCACCACGGCCGUGACCCUACAGCCCCUGAAGGCAGACGGGUGCAGUCAGGGACCUGGAGGAGCUGGGCCUGCAGGGCUGAGCAGGGGGGCUCGCAGCCACCUCCCCCCCAGGAGACAGGUGGACCCAUUGUGCCCCUGCAGAAGGCUGGAGCGAGGCACAGACCCCAGCCCCGAGGCCCUCAGCUGGCCCCUGACCAGCCCUGAGCACCACAUCUUGUAGCGCAUGGAGAUGCGGGGGUGGGGGGAGGGAAG